AUUACUACCCACUUCACUUUGUAGUAAUAGUUUUUAUUCUUUGACUCCAUUUCAUUUCAGAGAAAGCCAACAAACGCCAACUAUGGAAUCUCUCAAAUUUCGUCUCCGGCCAACGGAGCUUUCUCUCUCCUCUCCAAAAUAUCAAACCCAACUAACUUACAAUCCAAACUUGCAAAUACCCAUUAAAGCUAGACCCAAAUUACCCACACAUUUUUCAGCUUCCACAACAAAGCACCUGAAAAUAAUGGCGAAAAAGAGGUCGCCGAUCGAAGGCGUGAGCGAAGAGCUGAACAAAAUAGCUUCGCAGAACCUUGAUUUCGCUCCUGCUCGCAGAAGGGUUCGGUCCGCUUUCGCUGAUGUCCAGCAACGGCUUGAUCAUUUCUUGUUCAAGUUGGCUCCUACUGGGAUCAGAACAGAAGAGUGGUAUGAAAGGAAUUCAAAGGGAUUGGAAAUUUUCUGUAAGAGCUGGAUGCCAGAACAAGGUGUUACAAUUAAAGGUGCCUUGUUCUUUUGCCAUGGAUAUGGUGAUACUUGCACUUUCUUCUUUGAAGGUAUUGCCAGGCGAAUUGCUGCGGCGGGGUAUGUUGUUUACGCUUUGGACCAUCCAGGUUUUGGCCUUUCUGAAGGACUGCAUGGUUACAUCCCUAGCUUCGAUGAAUUAGCGGACAAUGUCAUUGAAAAUUAUAGGAAGAUUAAAGGAAGGCCCGAGUUGAAAGGUUUGCCCUGUUUUAUAUUGGGACAGUCCAUGGGGGGAGCUGUUACUCUCAAAGUUCAUUUCAAAGAACCACAUGAAUGGGAAGGAGUGAUUCUUGUGGCCCCUAUGUGCAAAAUUGCAGAAGACAUGAAACCGCCACCAGCAGUUCUGAAAGCAUUAACGCUUAUGUCAAGAGUAAUGCCUAAAGCAAAGCUUUUUCCACAGAAAGAUCUGGCUGCGCUGGCCUUCAGAGAUCCGAGGAAACGGGAAAUGGCUGUCUACAACGUGAUAUCCUAUAACGAUCAAACACGACUAAGAACUGCUGUUGAGCUUCUUAAGGCUACUAGUGAUAUUGAGAGGCAACUGGAGGAGGUUUCAUCUCCAUUGUUAAUUCUUCAUGGAGCAGCGGAUAGGGUGACGGAUCCCCAAGUGAGCCGGUUUUUGUAUGAGAAGGCCUCUAGCAAAGACAAGACUCUGAAACUCUAUGAAGAAGGUUACCAUUGCAUUCUUGAAGGAGAACCUGAUGAGAGAAUUUUUACAGUCCUUACUGACAUUAUCACUUGGUUAGAGUCCCAUUGUUCCGUUUCACGGAAUUAAAGCUCUGUCGUGGCCAAUCCUUUCCAUCCAUUCUUAUUCUAUCUUCUCCAUUGUGUCGGUAUACUAGCUGCAAUUUUUUUUUCCCUUUUUUUUUUCUUCUGUGGUAUGUCGAUUCCUUAAUCUCCAAAAAGAGUCACUUCCAAGAAUUUCUGUGAGAGAGACUCUAGAAGAAGAAUAAAGUCACAAACUGAAGUC